GCUCCCGGCGCGCCGAGCUCCGCGUCACCGCCGCGACGGGACGGGACGGGCCGGGCCGGGCCCGCGCCGCCGUCAUGCAGAUGUCCUUCUACUUCUCGGACAGAGCAGUGCUGCUCUUUGAUUUCUGGAGUGUCCACAGCCCCACAGGGAUGGCUCUGUCAGUGCUGCUGGUGCUGCUGCUGGCCCUGCUUUAUGAAGCUGUGAAGAUGGGCAAGGCCGUGCUGCUGCGGCGGGUGCUGCUGGCGCUGCCCCUCAGCCUGGGCCAGGAGCCGCUGCUGGAGCCGCAGGAGGGGGGCACCGGCCCUGCCCAGGGCAGGUGGUUUCGGUACCACGUCGGGCAGACGCUGUUCCACGUGCUGCAGGUGGUGCUGGGCUACGUGGUGAUGCUGGCUGUCAUGUCCUACAACGCCUGGAUCUUCCUGGGGGCCAUUGCAGGCUCCACACUGGGCUAUUUCGUGGCGUACCCGCUGCUGGGCCGGGGCUGAGCCCCCUGGCAGGGUGGGCUGUGGGCUCCACACCUCCUGCUCCUGUGUGUGAAUUGCUGCUGUCACUUCUGCUGGGCCUGUCCUUGUCCCCUGCGCUGUGCAGGACGCAGCGCCCCAGGGACUUGCUGCAGGGACCCUGGUGCUGGCGCUGCCUGGGGCCGGGGGUGCUGGGCACGGGGAGCCCUGGGGGCUGUGCGGCCGCUGUCCCUGGCUGGGACCAUCCCCCUGCUCUCAGGGAGCUUUGGCCAGGUGAUGAUGGAUGAGGUGGGGGGGAUGCUGGGCAUUUCCUUCCCCCUCCUCAAUAUUCAGGGAGGUUCGUCCUGGUUAGAAGGGGAAUGGACCAGUGACCUGCUGGGGACAGACACUGCUGCCCUCCUGCCCUGCACCAAGCCUCUCUUCACACAGUGCCUUCUGGGGAUAAGGGGGGUUCCUCGUGGCCCCCCCAGCCCAGUGCUUCAGGGAUGGGCCCGGUGGUGUGACUGUGCUGAGGGGAAGCUGCUGCAGCUGCCUCUUGCUGCUUCCUCGAGACACCUCUUUGCAUCAAAUCAUCUCAGUUGUCCAGUUCCUGGGUCGUGUUGCUACUGAUGGGCUCAGGAUGUGACCCCCUCCUGCUCACAGGGAUCCCCAGCCCUUCCCCCCAGCACAGCCCCAGGGGCUGGCUCAGGAAUAAGAACAGUCUCCUCUGGCUUUAAAUAAAGCUUUUCCAUUUUAUUAA